AUAACAUAACUGUGCCGUCCGGCACGUGAUAUAAAAUACACAUAUAUCAAAUAACAACAUAGUCCAAGUACUGAAGAAAAUAUUUAACACACAAUAUUAUUAUUUCCUGGUAGAAUUACCUGACAGGUUCACCUGCAUAGUUCAGAUACAACACUGGAACCAGAGGUGACGUCUCAGUAUCUAAAGUUUUCGAACAAAAACGAGAACACGUCAUGUUCAUCUAAAUUUAUAUGAUGAUUUUGAUAAGGUAUUUGUAAUCGGUACCAUGGCAACAGCUGGGCGGAAACCCGUUGCCGUUGUAGUGGCUUUAGAUUUUGGUACAACAUAUUCAGGCUACGCAUUCUCUUCUGUCAAAGAUUAUAAGACAAGCAAACUUAAUAUAACAAUCAAUCAAGCAUGGAAUUCUGGGAAAAAUCAACUUUCUUCAUUCAAAACACCAACAAGUUUAUUGCUGAAAAGGAAUGGUGAUUUUGUGUCCUAUGGUUACGAAGCAGAACAGGCCUAUGAAAAUAAUUUACUGGACAAAACCACUGAUAAACACGAGUUCUUGUAUUUUCGUCAAUUCAAAAUGGAAUUGUAUGCCAGAAAAGCACAUUCCAAUAUGAAAUUGAAAGAUAUCCACGGAAUAGAACAUUCAGCAAUAGAUGUGUUUACACAGUCGAUCAGAGCUUUAAGACAAAGUUGUUUGUGUACUCUGAAAGAGCAAGGGUAUGAACUGGAUAACGAUGAGAUUAAAUGGUGUCUCACAGUACCCGCGAUAUGGACCGACGAGGCCAAAAUCUUCAUGCGAACUUCAUGCGAGAAGGCCGGUAUACCAGCAUAUAGAUUAGUUAUAGCACUUGAACCUGAGGUAGCGUCUCUGUAUUGUCAAGUAUGGUGCGCAGAAAGUGAAAAGAAGAGUGCUUUUCGUCCCCGUACCAAAUGUUUGGUGGUUGAUUUAGGAGGGGGAACAGCGGAUAUCAGCGGACAUGAAAUUCUUAAAAAAGGUCUUUUCAAAGAGAUAUGCAAAUCUGCAGGUAAUAAUUGCGGUGGGACAUGUGUUGACAAAGAAUUCUUAAACGUUCUUCAGGUCAUUCUGGGAACAGAUCGUAUGGACACAUUCAAGACCAAAUAUGAAACAGAGUAUCUUGACUUGCAGCAUUCUUUUGAAUCUGCCAAAAGAAUUAUCACAAGAAAUGAGACGGAUAAGGUUAACAUUCAGAUUCCGAUUUCAGCCCUUGACGAAAUAUGUGGAGAUGAUGGCUUUCUGAAAAUAGUGCAAAAUUCAGAAUAUUCUGACAGAAUAACGAUUGAAAGAGGGAAAAUGCGUUUGGUUCCUGAUUUUGCAAGAUCAUUAUUCAUAAAAUCUAGUGAAAGCAUAAUCUUAAAAAUAGAGAGUGUUCUCGCUCAAAAUGAGGCGGCAAAUAUUUCUGUCCUUUUGCUCGUUGGCGGAUUUGCAGAGAGCAAAAUUGUUCAAGACAAAAUAAAGCAAACGUUUUCUAAGAAAACCGUUAUCACUCCAAAAGAUCCAACCUUAGCCGUUUUGAAGGGAGCUGUUCUUUUUGGACACCAACCGGAUGUUGUAUCAACUAGAACAACACAGUUUGCAUAUGGAAGAAAAAUAAAACCGAUCUUUGACAAAAAGCAACACGAGGAAAGAAAACGUGUGCUGGUAAACGGUGAAAUGAGGUGUGAUGGAGUUUUUGAACUUCUGGUGAAAUCUGGAACUUCCGUUCCAAUUGGGAAAAAUAUUUCAAAACUUUAUCACACUAUCAACAAGAAUCAGGAGAAAAUUCGUGUUGCCUUGUACAAAUCGUGCAGCGACGACACCAAGUAUAUAGACGACGAAGAUUGUAGCUUUGUAGGGGAAUGUUUUAUAACAGUUCCGAACCCAUGUGAACAAAAAAGAACUGUAAAAGUCGAAUUCGAAUUUGGGGACACAGAAAUAUUCAUAACUGCUACUGACAAAAAUACCAAAGAAGUUUCAAAGGAAACAUUCCGUCUAGAAUGAUACAAGUGAGAUAUCUCAGAUGGACAUUUGCCAUUUCAUAUAGAUGAUGAAGAAGUAUUUCCCUUUUAAGAUGACAUGAAUUAAAUUCAAAUUACUUGUAAUGCUUAUUUUAAUAUUUCAACAAUAUUUCAAUAAUAAUAACAACAAUAAUAAAACAUAACGAAGUCUUUA